GUUGAACUUGAGCACCUGUUAAUCAAAAUCACUUCAAACUCUGAAAUCAGAAAAUCAAUUCGAAACCAGCAAAGAUCAGAAGAAAGAUUCACAAAAAGUUUCUCUAAAAGCAUAAAAAUGGACGCGAUCUGGGAUAUUAUUAACGAGCUGAUGGAUGCGCGUUAUAUUUAUGAGAAUAUCAACUCUUCCAUGCUGGAGGCCAAACUCGAAGAGAUGGAAAACAUGAGCUAUUUCUUGGGACGCUUGGAAUCGGGAGAGAGGAGUAAGCUAAAAUAUUUGAUUGCGGACCUUGUCGAGAUUGCUCAAGAUGUCGCGGACAUUGGAUGUGAAGGCACUGACAUGGAUAAUUUCUACAGGGAGUUGAAUCCCCUCCAAGAUCAGAUCAAGAUGUUAAAAUCACGCAUGAUAAACUUUGCAACCGAUGAAAAAAGAGGAGGAGGAGAAGAAGCAGAGGAAGUUGUGGUGGGGUUGGAGGAAGCCAUGAAGCAAUUGGUUGAGAAAACGAUUUUAAACAAGGAUAUGCGCUUUCAGACUUUGUCUAUCAAAGGCAUGAUUGGUAUCGGGAAAACAACUCUUGCCAGGCAAGUCUACAAGGCCGUUGAGGGCCAAUUCCAGCGUCGUGCGUGGGUAUGCCUUUCUAGUGGCACGAGUAAGAAAGAGAUAUUAAUGGAAUUGAUACAACAGAUGGAAGUUGGAUAUGGUGGACUAAUUGAACGUGAUUCGUCGUUGGAAGAAAUGGACAAUCGAAGUCUCCAACGGAUACUUCGCCAGCAUCUCCAAGGAAUGGCAUAUUUCAUAGUUUUCGACAACACGUUGGAAGAAAUGCUAUUGAAAUCCAUCUUGAAAGUUCUUCCGCGUGAAGAGUGUGGAAGUAGGUUGUUGUUCACAAGUUGCUAUGAGUAUAGAAGAAUAUACGUCUAUCAUACUCAUGAGAUGAAAGCUUUGGAUUCUGAUAAAAGCUGGCGAUUGUUUUUGAAAACAAUUGAUAAACUUACAAGUGUUGAGAAUAAAUUCUCAAAGGAGUUGGAGAGGAAGGGAAAAGAGAUGCUGAAAAAAUGUGGGGGUUUGCCGAUAGCUAUACUAGAUGUUGCAAGGCAGAAAGCAAAACAAAGGCUUUCAGGUAUGGAAUGGGAAGAACUUUUUGAUUCAGUUGAUUUACGCGAAUCACUGAAGUUAUUAGAACCGAUGUAUCAUAAAUUGGAUCAACUAGAAAAGCCACGUUUCUUGCAUAUGUCCCAUUUUAAGGAAAAUGCAAUAAUAAGGGAAGAAAAGUUGGAACAGAUUUGGAUGGCAAGUGGAUUCGACCAAGCAAGAAUUUCGGCUAACGGCUUAGUUAGUCAAUCUAUUAUUGAUGUCCUUCCUGGAGGGAAAAAAAAGUUUCACCUCAAUUCUGUAUUACAUAUGCUAUGCAUCCAAAAAGCAGAGGAGGAAAUGGGCUUUGAGAUAUAUAGGAGCAAUGGAGAUAGUAGACCCUCUCAGAAUCCUCGUCAUCGUGUUAUCCAUUGUGGCAGAGAGGAGUUUAAACAUUCCACAAAUCAAGACGGGAAACACCUUAUUUCUCUCAUUGUCCACGGAGGUGGUGGCUACUUAGACAAUGCUAGUCCGUCUUAUUGGGAGAGUUUUGAACUACUCAAAAUACUCGACAUGGAAGAUUUUGGGAUCAAGACGUUAUGGGAUGAUAUCGGGAAAUUGGAUGAAUUAAGAUACUUGGGAUUGAGAAAUAAUUAUAUAAAAGAGGUGCCACGGUCGUUGGGGGGCUUGAAAAAUCUUCAGGCUCUUGAUAUAUAUCUGAACUUUUUGGUCGAGAUGCCGGAUAUCAUAAGGGAAAUGGGGUGCCUUCGUAACCUAUACAUGCGCGAUGUGAUUUGCCGGAAGCCUUUGAAGAUAGACGCUUUACCUCAUCUUGAGAUCUUGACCUACAUCUCGAUUUAUGAUUGGACAUAUGAGGCCUCAUGCUUGGAGACCAUGGAAAUUCUCCUAAAAUUGGGUGUUGAAGAAGUUGAUGAAGACUCGGAUGUCGACAAGCUCUUUGCUUCACUAGCUAAGUUGGUGAGCCUUGAUCACCUUAUCUUGAAGGGAUUCCGUUUUAGAAGUAUGCCGUGUUUGGAUGGGAUUGGCGCUUUAGAGGGAGUCUUUCAACUCAGACUGGAUGGGCACCUAGCUAGGCUACCAAAUUCCCUUGAAGGUAUUUCUUAUUUGACUUUGGUAAAUAGUUGCCUUAAUGAAGACCCGAUGCCGGUACUAGAGAAACUGCCCAACCUACAAGAACUCAAACUGCGGAAUGCAUACACUGGUAGGGAAAUGGUGAUCCAGUGCAACGGGUUUCCCUGGCUUAGUGUCCUUUGCAUCAAUGAGUUGUGGAAUCUUAGAAAAAUGCAAAUUGGAGAAGGUGCAAUGCCAUUCCUUAGGGAACUAGAAAUCAAGAACUGUCCACGUCUUGAGACCCUCCCGGAGGAGAUUGGGUCAAUGGAGAAUCUGAAGAAGUUUACGAUGGUAACAACCAAACAAAUUGCAACAAAGAUCAGAAACUCAGGCCUAACAUCCAGAAUAGUGGAGGAGGAUAUAUAUCCAUGAUUUGAAGCUUAUGUAUUUUAUUCUCCUUUCUCAGUUUACCACCCUUGUUAUUGUGUGUUUGUAUAUAAUUUGGUUUACAGUUUUCAUCUA